GCGCAGUCAAUACACCGGGGAGGAAUUUCCACAAGGCUGAGGGCGUUGGAUAAAGUAUCUCCAGCCGCCGCAAUUAUGAAGAGGUAGAAAGGUUUGACGAUUUUCUUGUCGUUCAUGAGGAUUUGCAUUAUAGCUAGUCCAUCGCAUCAUUUCAACGCGUUCUCUGAGUCUCGUCUUAUUUUGAAAUGGUCACAAGUCUCUAUCCCAAAGAUGCUAGCGAACUCGCUUCUAUCAAUCCUUUUCCAGUGGAGCUCGGUAGUGUCCAGUCAAUUAGAUGCGCGGGACCUAUCAUUCAUCCCGCUGCAUCCUGUCGACAUCGCAAAACGAGACGCGGGAAUCGCAGACUUCGCACCCGAUUCACGAUGGUCGAACGACUCGAUGCCAGAGCAGGAUCUCUGGGGUCGUUCAUUACAGCGCCUUGAACCGCGUCAACGAACUUGCCCGUCUGGCUACGGAUACUGCGCCACCCUCAGCGGCUGCUGCCCCAGCACCGACCGAUGUUGCCAGUACGGCUACUGCCUCCCCCCCGGCGGCGUCUGCUGCCCCGGUUCCCCUUGCCCCGACGGCUGGUCCUGCCGCAGCACCGGUACCUGCUACCCGAACGAUGGGGAUUGCUGCUCGGACGGACGGAACUGUAACCCGGGCAAAAUCUGCGUGCGCCUCGCGUCCAGCAACCGGAUAGUGUGUUGCACGUACCGCGUACGUCGGCGAGAAUGGAGUGACGACGACGCAGUUGAGGCCUUACACCACGUAUUAUACAUGGUGGUAUUACUCCUACUACUGGACCUACGUGAUUUCCCUCUCCGCAUCGACCGUCACCUCAAGCAGGGACACCUUAACCACCACAAUUACCGUUCAAGCCAUGUCAUUGGCCGCAGCAGAGAGAAGUUUCGCAGACAUAUCGGCAUCACUCACCUGGUCGGCUCCCACUUCCGCGACAUCCCUUUCUAGUCUCGCUAGCCGCACGACAUCCGGAUUCACCGCUGUUUCGACUGGUGGUGGUGGUAGAGGUAAUGGUGGAUUCGGACCAGUAUCCUGUGUAGGCUUGAGUGUUGGGUCGGUCGGUUAUGAGGAGUUGGGUUGCGUUGGGGGCAUUCAUUCUGAUUCCAGCGAUUUUGAUGAUGUGGCUAUAGCUGUAUGGAAAUGGGAUAUGAUAAUCUGGGAUAUGAUACCUUGGGAUGUGAUGAUUUGGGUUCUUCAUGUUUAGUUUUUAAUGUCUUCCAUGCCGCUAUCGGAAGAUGAGCGGUAGCGACCUUCAGCGUUCUUA